AAGAAAAGACUCCAAGAAAUGGGGUGUAAGCUGACAAGGGCCGGGGAGGGCCCGGGAUGUGACGAGGCCACAGCCGCAGCCGCGGCCGCUGGAUCCUCCAGCGAUUGCGGAGACGCAGCUACACGGCGGUCGGCGUCGGUGACGCCGUCGACUUCGACUCUCCCAACGCCGACGCCUUCGUCGCCUUCGACUCCUCCAGCGCCGACGCCUUCGUCGCCUUCGCCUCCCCCAGCGCCGACGCCUUUGUCGCCGACGGCUUCGUCGCCCUCGCCGUCGACAUCUUCGUCUUCGGCUUCGCCUCCGCAGUCCCCGAGUCUGACGCCUUCGUCGCUAUCAUCUGCUGAUGAGUCCUCAACAUCGACGCCUUCGUCGACAUCAUCUACUGACGAGGAAGACCAAUGGGAAGAGGAGCGAUACCUACAGUCUAUUGAAAUCCCUCACCCUCAGGAAAUCGCAAGGGGAGAGGAGCAAGAAGUUGAUCAAUUAAAAGACUCUUAUGGCUCCACUGAUCUGUUCUCUGAGUCUGAAGAAUUCUGCCACAUCUCUGAGAGUGAUGAUGAUGGGGUUUUCUCCAACAAGUUCAAGUUAGGUGAUAAGGAACCUGUUCUGACUUUGCUGGAGGAAUUUGAGGACGAUACCAUCAUUGGAAAGAUCAUGCUACUGGAUGAGAAGUAUGGUUCCCGCAGACGAAUCGCUAGAGAUGGAAGUUGCUUUUAUAGAUCUUUCAUUUUCAAGUACUUGGAGAAUGUUGUAGAAAUAAAGGACGAAGAUGAACGCAGAACAGAAGCUGCUCGUUUCAGGCGAAGAGUUGAAAACUGCAUGCCAGCUUGUCAUGAUGACCAAUUACUCCAUUCCUUUUCUGGAUAUGAAUCUGUGGUCAAUUUAGUUGAACAGGGCCUUGCUGAAGGAGAGCUAUAUCAGAUGGACAUGAAUGAAGAUGUCACAUCACGCAUUAUACCCCUCCUUAGGGCGCUGACAGAGAUCGAGAUAUGCACAAGGCCAGAAUUCUACCAUGGUUUUCUUAUCCCUGGAGAAACAUAUGCUUCAGUUUUUGAGUUUUGCUUAUGUGAAGUGCGUCAGGGCGAAGCCAACAAUAUGCAGGUCCAUGCGCUUGCACAUGCACUAGGCAUUCCUGUAAUCUUGGAGAAUCUCGAUGUUAACACCCCUGGACAGCUUAAUACUCUUCACAUCGGCCGUCCUGUAGAAUCUGAAGCAGAAGCGCCCUUGGCCCUGACCUUGUUAUAUAGGUCUGGGCACUAUGAUAUCAUUUAUCCAAAGUAGAAUCUGGUCUGUAACACUUGAAAGAGUACGAUGGAAUGAUAUUGCCCUGCAUGGCUACUGAUGGUGGAUGUGGAUAUUUGAUUCUGGCUCUUGACAUGUGUGGUGCUCCUGUGUGAGUUUGUAGACCUACGGCAUAUGUCGUCCUUGAUCUUUCUGCUGUAGAAUACCGAGUUUUCAGCAGACAUACAUUUUGUGUCGUCGGAGCAUUCAUCUCUGUUGUGUCCUAAUGUACUGUGGAGAGUGAGUUUUGAGCCCAGGAUGAUGCACAGACUAAAUGGAUUCUUAAUCUGAAGAGUUUAGAGGUUACGUUGUACAAAAUAUGCAACUCUUUGUAAUUAAAAAAAUGCUACUUUUGUAGCAAUUUAGUCUUUUCCAUUA